AUGUCGGAAGGAAUGUUGGAUCGAAUGGUGGAAGAUCAACGAUUGAUUGAGAAUUUGAUAGAUGGAUGGAAGAAUAGAUUGUCAACAUCAAUGCAUCUUAUAAAUUCUUUCUUAUUGAUUAUCUGUGCUGCUUUUAUGGCUCAAGCUUGCGGUCCAUCAUUAAUGGGUGCACAGCAAGGACCGCCAGGAAGGGAUGGACGAGAUGGACUUGUGGGUGAUCCAGGAGAUGAGGGACCCGUUGGUUUACCAGGAGAUACUGGAAUGCCAGGAAGACAAGGCCAAGAGGGUAAUCCAGGCCCAACAGGGCCUCCAGGAUUUGAGGGACCAAAAGGUUUACCAGGACUUGUUGGAGUAACUGGGGCACCUGGAGGAAGAUAA